UUUCACCACAAUAUAUACUCAAUAAGAAACACUAAGCGACUGAAAAAGAAUUCAUGGUGUCUAAAGACGCCGGUAAUGUUUGCCAUACUGCAAAGUUAAUUACAAUAAUCUGCUAAAUCUACUUUCUUCCCAUUCAAAGAUUUCUAAGUGUACCACAGACUUUGCUACAAUACUUUUUAGUGGGCAUUGAAUACUGUCUAGUGCUUGUUUGUUUGAAGCGGCGGGUAGGAAAACAUCGCUAGUCAUUUGUCACGUUUGAGAUGGCUCCGACUGCGAAGUCAGCAACGGGAUGUAAAAAAGCUAAAGCUUUGGAAUCCAUUAAUAGUUGCUUAGCUCUGGUGAUGAAAAGUGGGAAAUGUUCUAUUGGAUUACGGCAAACACUUCGUCUUUUACGUAAGGGUGGAGCAAGAUUGAUAAUUAUUGCCAACAAUGCUCCGCCGUUAAGGAAAACUGAAAUAGAAUACUAUGCGAUGUUGUCAAAGACUGGAGUUCAUCACUACAACGGAACCAACCGCGAUCUUGGGACUGCGUGUGGCAAAUACUUCAGAGUGAGCACUCUAGCCAUUGAAGAUCCAGGUGACUCCGACAUCAUCCGUUCUGCGCCACACGAGGCAGGGACAAAGUAAUAACUCAAUAAAUCAUUUUCUAUGGA